CACUGCUGCAGAACUGCUUUAAGUUGUUCACCCAUUUCUUCUUCGCCGUUUUGUAGAAUUAUGAAAUGUACAUUAUUUUUCAGUUUUGUUUAACCUUACCUUUUUUUUUUUAUUUUUUUUUUUUUUACCUCUGACAGUUCACUCUUACCUUUGUACCAUUUACAGCUGUUCAUUGGACUGGAACUGCUGGAAUUUACAGACAAAACUGGAAACACUGGGGUGUUCUAAAACUUUUGACCAGUAGUGUAUCUGAAGACCAUAAAGAACUUUUAUAAGUCUCCUUAUUAUAAACGAUCACAUGAUGAUAAACACUGAUAAUAUAAUUCAAAUAUUUCAGUGUUGUACAUGUUCUUUGGGUCCAUAGAUAUGGCUGCUGCCGGUCGUGUCCGAUCUGAAGAUCAGUUCCGGUGUUCCAUCUGUGUGAAUGUCUUCACUGAUCCAGUCACAACACCAUGUGGACACACCUUCUGCAAAUCCUGCAUCUGUGAACACUGGAGGGUUAAUGUUCCAUAUCAGUGUCCCAUGUGUAAAAAGGUUUUUGACCAAAGACCUGAGUUGUACGUCAACGCUCUCAUCUCAGAGAUGGUGGCUCAGUUCAGACAUGAAGAAGAGAAGGCAGAGCUGAAGAAGACAGAGGCUGAAAUUGCGGAGAUGAUCCUGGAGAGAAGACUGAAGGUCCUGGAGAUCCAAUGUUCAGUGGAGGUCAGUACGAACGCUGCAGACAGAGAGGCAGCAGAAGGUGUGAAGGUCUACACUGCUCUGAUCAAGACUGUUCAGACAAGUCUGAACCAGUUCAUUGAGGAGAUCCAAGAAAAGAAGAGGAGCACCAAGAAACAGGCUGAAGACUUCAUCAAAGAGCUGGAACAGGAAAUCUGUGAGCUGGAGAAGAGAAGCACUGAGUUGAAGCAGCUCUUAGGCUCUGAAGACCACCUCCACUUUGUUCAGAGGUUCACAUGUGUCAAAGCUGUUCCAUCCAUGAAGACCUGGACAGAGGUCAGCGUCCGUCCACCAUUGUAUGAGGGGACUGUGGAGAGAGCUGUGUAUCAGCUGAAGAACAAACUUAGAAAAGACAUGAAGAAGGAGAUGUUUGAAGCUGAACUGAAGAGAGUCCAACAGUAUGAGGUGGAUCUGACUCUGGAUCCAGAUACAGCUUAUCCUACCCUCAUCCUGUCUGAUGAUGGAAAACAGGUUCAUGAUGGUGAUGAAGAGAAGAACCUUCCAGACAAACCACAGAGAUUCACUGAUGAUUGUUGCAUCUUAGCGAAGCAGAGUUUCUCUUCAGGCAGGUUUUACUUUGAGGUUCAGGUCAAAGGAAAGACUGACUGGUAUUUAGGAGUGACCAGAGAGUCCAGCAAAAGGAAAGGAGAGAUCACAGCGACUCCUCAGGACGGAUACUGGACCAUCUGUUUGAUAAAUGGAAAUCAAUACUAUGCUCUUGCUGGUCCUGCUGUCCCUCUGUCUGUGCAGUCUGGUCCUCAGAAGGUGGGGGUGUUUGUGGAUUAUGAGGAGGGUCUGGUCUCCUUUUAUGACGUAGAUUCUUCAGUUCUCAUCUACUCCUUCAUUGGCUGCUGCUUCAAUGAUAAACUCCUCCCAUUAUUCGGUCCGUGUCCUAAUUAUAAAGGUUCAAACUCUGCUCCUCUGAUCAUCACUCCUUUGAGGACAGCUGUAGUCAUACUAGUGUUGUACAUGUUCUUUGGGUCCAUAGAUAUGGCUGCUGCCGGUCGUGUCCGAUCUGAAGAUCAGUUCCGGUGUUCCAUCUGUCUGGAUUUCUUCACUGAUCCAGUCGCAACACCAUGUGGACACAACUUCUGCAAAUCCUGCAUCUGUGAACACUGGAGGGUUAAUGUCCCAUAUCAGUGUCCCAUGUGUAAAAAGGUUUUUGACCGAAGACCUGAGUUGAACGUCAACGCUCUCAUCUCAGAGUUGGUGUCUCCGUUCAGACAUGAAGAAGAGAAGGCAGAGCUGAAGAAGACAGAGGCUGAAAUUGAGGAGAUGAUCCUGGAGAGAAGACUGAAGAUCCUGGAGAUCCAAUGUUCAGUGGAGGUCAGUACGAACGCUGCGGACAGAGAGGCAGCAGAAGGUGUGAAGGUCUACACUGCUCUGAUCAAGACUGUUCAGACAAGUCUGGACCAGCUCAUUGAGGAGAUCCAAGAAAAGAAGAGGAGCACCAAGAAACAGGCUGAAGACUUCAUCAAAGAGCUGGAACAGGAAAUCUGUGAGCUGGAGAAGAGAAGCACUGAGGUGAAGCAGCUCUUAGGCUCUGAAGACCACCUCCACUUUGUCCAGAGGUUCACAUGUGUCAAAGCUGCUCCAUCCAUGAAGACCUGGACAAAGGUCAGCAUCCAUCCAUCAUAUGAGGGGACUGUGGUGAGAGCUGUGCAUCAGCUGAAGGACAAACUCACAGAAGACAUGAAGAAGGAGGUGUUUGAAGCUGAACUGAAGAGAGUCCAACAGUAUGAGGUGGAUCUGACUCUGGAUCCAGAUACAGCAGGUCCUACCCUCAUCCUGUCUGAUGAUGGAAAACAGGUUCAUGAUGGUGAUGAAUGGAAGAACCUUCCAGACAAUCCACAGAGAUUCACUCCUUCUUGCAUCUUAGUGAAGCAGCGUUUCUCUUCAGGCAGGUUUUACUUUGAGGUUCAGGUCAAAGGAAAGACUUACUGGACUUUAGGAGUGGUCAGAGAGUCCAUCAGCAGAAAAAAAUGGAUCAGACCGACUCCUCAGUACGGAUACUGGACCAUCUGUUUGAUAAAUGGAAAUCAGUACUAUGCUCUUGCUGAUCCUCCUGUCCCUCUGUCUGUGCAGUCUGGUCCUCAGAAGGUGGGGGUGUUUGUGGAUUAUGAGGAGGGUCUGGUCUCCUUUUAUGACGUAGGUUCUUCAGUUCUCAUCUACUCCUUCACUGGCUGCUGCUUCAGUGAUAAACUCCUCCUAUUAUUCUGUCCAGGUUCUAAUGAUGGAGGUCUAAACUCUGCUCCUCUGAUCAUCACUCCUGUCAGACACUGAGGAACAAACUCAUCAGAUGUACAGAUUUUCUCAGAUUUACUGGAGUCACUAAACUUAGUGAUGAUGUAAACUGUUUGAACGUGUAUGAAUCUGGAUCCAAAUGCACUGAAAUACUAACAUUAGUGCUGAGAAUAAUCCUGGUUUGACACAUUCUGAUGUCUGUGAUUGAAUCCAAUGAUAAUGAUGGUGUUUGAAUGUGAACUGGAAUUCAAAAUGUUGGGAUUGUGAAUGUGUUUCAAUUAUGGGAUUGAUUUUAUACAUUUAAAUGAUAGAAGUGUUCAGGAGAAUUCAAUAUUCAAUAAUAACAGUACAGAUUCUGUUCAUCAGCUUUAAUAAAUACACUCAUAUACUGUCUGCAUUUGAAAUAAGAAAAAACAUUAAAUAUUAAAUGUUUGCUGAGUUGUUUUCUAUUUGUUCGUAGACAAACACAUGUAAUUAUUGUAAAAACUGUAAUUAUUUUCAGCUCAGACGGAGGUUAUACCAUAAUAUUUAAGACCAAAUAUAUUGAAAUGAUUCAUCAGUUAUUCAAAUAUUUUCUGAGUAAAUUUACUGAAGUUCAAGUGUUGAUUUAACAAAUGACAAUGAGGAGGAAUAAAUAUUCAGUUGUGCAAACCGUACAAAAGGGUUAAUGAGUUCAAAUACCUGUAAUUGUAAGAGGGCUUUAAAUUAUGUACAAAUGUUUAUGGCUGAGAAGUCUGUGAUGUGUGUGUGUGUUAUUUAUGUGUAAUUUUUUGUUUGUUUGUUUCUACUUGUAACACUUGUAACGUUGCCGGUGCCUUUGUGAGUGAGGUACAGGUCUACAUGUGUUUAUAUUUACAAGUGUAUGUAUGGGUAUAUAUAAAAAAUGUGUUCAUAAAUAUAUUGUUAAAAAAAAUUACUGAAGUUUAAAUCCAAUCAAUCCAUUUGAUAAAUCACAAACCUUUGACUGAUUUGGAUGAUUCUGCUCAAAUAUCUGAACUUUGUAUUUACAUGUAAACUAUGAUGAAA